AUGAGGCUGUUUGACCGGGGGAUGAUGAUGCUGCUGACCACAGCCGGAGCUUUCUGCGCCUUCAGCCUCAUGACCAUCGCUGUGGGCACGGACUACUGGCUGUACUCCCGCGGGGUGUGCCGCUCCAAGAACCUGAACGACAACGAGACGGUCCGCAAGAACGAGGAGGUGCUGACCCACUCCGGCCUGUGGAGGACCUGCUGCACCGAGGGGUCUUUUCAGGGCGUUUGCAAAGACAUUGAUCACUUUGCUGAGGAUGGAGACUAUCAGCAGGAUGCUACAGAAUAUUUACUACGAGUAGUUCGAGCCUCCAGUCUCUUCCCUAUCCUCAGUGUGGGAUUAUUAUUUCUCGGAGGUGUGUGUGUAGCGGCCAGCGAGUUCUACAAGUCACGUUACAACGUCAUCCUCUGCGCGGGUUUACUCUUUGUCUCUGCAGGUCUCAGUAACAUUAUUGGCAUUAUUGUGUACAUAUCAGCCAACUCAGGGGACCCCAGCCAGAGCGACAACAAGAAGAGCUACUCCUACGGCUGGUCUUUUUAUUUUGGGGCUCUGUCCUUCGUGCUGGCUGAGGUGGUGGGCGUCCUUGCAGUGCACGUGUUCAUAGAAAAACACCGACAACUGCGCACCAAAGGCAGGCCGUCCAUCAAGAAGCCGCCCAUUUCUCGCAACUCGUCUUACCUCCGCAACCGUUACUACCAGAGACGCUCCAGCAGAUACAGCUGCAGGAGCGCCCAGAGUGCACGGGACUCCAUCUCACACUCCUUCAGAGCGUCCUUAAUGCGAGACCGGGAGCCGUCCAUCUGUGCUGAAUCCAAAUCCAUGGCAGGUUUACCCAUAGUGGACUCAGAGUUCUUGAUCUACUCCUUAAACUCGUCUCUCAAGGACGAUAAGAUGGACAUGGCUGUGGAUGAUUUGACUUCUCUGGUUUCCCUCAACAACACAGAGAUGCUGCCUGAAAACUGUGCUUCCAAUAGAAGGACAACUCCUGUGUGAGAGGAGAGGAAGUGAAGGAUGUGCAGAGAUGAAACACAAGAGGAACUUUCCUGGGACGAGAACAUUAAGAGAAAGUCCUCUCACUUUUUUUUUGAGGAAACAGAAAAGGCCAAAAUUGUCCGGCAUAGACUUAUCUGUCAGAAAAUUGUGGAAUCACAGUUCUCAGAGCCCAGCGUGACAUCGACAAAAUGUCCU